AUGCUGUCACACAGUGCCACGGGGAGGCAGAGGAGGCAGCAGGCCUCGGCCAUCAUGCAGGAGGUCCACCGACACGGCGGUGGCAUGGACCUGGGCCGGAAGGUGAGCGUGCCGCGGGACAUCAUGCUGGAGGAGCUGACCCACCUGGCCAACCGCGGCGCCCGGCUCUUCCGGAUGCGCCAGCGCCGCUCCGACAAGUACACGUUCGAGAACCUCCAGUACGAGUCGCGAGCGCAGAUGCACCACAACCUGGCCAUGCAGAAUGGGAAGCUGGACGGAAGCCUGUCAGAAGGGGGGUCACAGCAAGCCCCGUUCACUCCUCCCAACACCCCGGACCCGAGGAGCCCCCCGAAUCCAGAAAACAUUGCACCAGGCUACUCCGGGCCCCUGAAGGAGAUCCCUCCGGAGAGGUUCAACACCACGGCCGUGCCCCGGUCCUACCAGUCGCCGUGGGAGCAGGCGGUCAGCGGCCACCCGGAGCUCCUCGAGGGGCUGUACCCGAAGCUGCUCACGCCCGAGGGCCAGGCAGAGCCGCCGGACUACCGGAGCUUCAACAGAGUUGCCACCCCAUUUGGAGGUUUUGAAAAAGCAUCAAAAAUGGUGAAGUUCAAGGUCCCAGAUUUUGAGCUACUACUUCUAACAGAUUCCAGGUUCAUGGCCUUUGCCAACCCUCUUUCUGGCAGACGGUCCUUCAACAGGACUCCUAAGGGGUGGAUAUCGGAGAACAUCCCCAUAGUGAUCACCACCGAGGCUCCCGAGGGCCCCGCCGUCCCCGAGUCCGAAGACCUCUGA